AUGGUCAAUAUCACCCAGCUCAACUCCUCCGACUUACCCGUGGGAGCCAUAAUCACCCACUGUAACACUCCAGGCACAAUCGCCCUCACUUUCGACGAUGGCCCAUACAUCUACACAUCCCAGCUGUUAGAUACUCUCGCCGAACACGGCGUAAGGGCAACCUUCUUCCUCAAUGGUCAUAAUAAAGGAAGCAUCGAUGCCUUCCCCGAGGUAGUGGAGCGCACAUUGGCAGAAGGACAUCAGAUAGGGUCUCAUACGUGGGACCACCUUUCUCUUGACACCCUUUCAUACGAAGAAAUCGUGCACCAAAUGACAGUUCUUGAAGAUACCUUUUUGUCCGUCCUAGGCUUCUUCCCGACAUACAUGCGUCCCCCAUUCCUCAGACAUACCCACGUUGUCCUCAACGCCAUGGCCGAUCUGGGAUACCAUGUUAUUGGGGCUAGUGUUGAUACGAAGGACUAUGAGAAUGAUAAUCCUGAUACAAACUGGAUUAGUUUUGAGAAGUUCUCGAGGGAGGUUGAUUCUGGUGGGACGAUUGUGUUGGCGCAUGAUUCGCAUCAGCAUACGGUCCAGCUUUUGGUGCAUAAUAUGCUUGCUGAUAUUGAUAGAAGGGGGCUGAAUGCCGUUACUGUUGGUGAAUGUCUUGGUGAUGCGCCUGAGUAUUGGUAUCGUGAUGGGAGGUAG